GCUGUUGCUCAACCCCAACAUGCGGAAGAAACAGGAGAGCACGACCCGCAAUGCCUAGUCGCUGCCCCGAAUGACCUCAUAACCGCCCAACUCAAUACCAUGCAGCAACAGUUCGGAGUAUUCCAGCUGGUGCUUGCACAACUCUUAGCUAGAAAUAGCCUUGAUGACCUUCUUAUCAACUUACUAAACCCAGCUCAUCUCGCAAUUCCUCAUCAACAACACCAACCUGUUAACUCCCCUGUCCAGAGCGUUGCCUCCCUCAAGAAUGUCUCCCAGUUACGAUCUCACAUUCCACCUUUGCCCCCUAAUCCUCCUAAUCCACCUCAACCAAUGGCCUCAAAUGUCUCCAAAAGGCUAGAUAACCUCAAAAGAAUGAUGGCCAAGAACAGAGCUGCAACCUCAGGCCAAACCAACCCUGAUGACCACUUGCACGCCUUCUGUUCGGUCAUGCAGGCUCAGAAUGCUUCGGACGUCUUCAUGUGCAAAAUAUUCCCAUCCACGUUACAUGAUAAUGCCCGAACUUGGUUUAAUGACGCUGUACUAGAGAUUGGCUCGUUUGACCAAGCUGUGGGAAUCACCGCCAUCACCCAAGGGCUCAGCCAGGAGCGGUUUCGAGAUAGUCUGAUCAAACACCCCCCUGCUUCAUGUGAAGAAGUCAAUAAAAGAUCUUGCAACUUCAUCACUACGGAAGAAUAUGUGUUGUCACAGAAGCCCUUAGCCAUCAAGGACAACAGAAACCCCACAUGGAAGGAAGAAGGGCCGAACAAGAAGAAGUUCAAAGCCAUUCAAAACCGAGGUCCAUUCUCAACUAAGGUUGACAAGCCUAGUCUGGGUACCUUGCAGGCCACGGGGAGGCAACCCACUUGGACUGCAUUUACACUACCAAGAUUGCAGAUCUUAAUGCAAAUAAAAAACAAAAUGGAUCUCAAAAGGCCACCGCCCAUACGGAGUUUACCCACUUCCAAAGAUCACACUAAGUACUGCGACUACCACCAAGAUCACGGCCACACAACAGAGGCAUGCAAUAUGCUAAAGUCUGAGCUUGAAAGCUUGGCACGGAAGGGGAUGUUGAAUGAGUUCAUCCCUAACAAAGACCACUCGAGAUUUGUAAGGGAACAGCGCCUAGACUCCCAGCCUCCCAAGGGCCUCAAGUUACCAGUACCAGUGCAACUAGAGGCACUUAGCACCCAGCAAGUAAAGGGUGUGGAGUUACCAAAUAACAGACCAGCUGACGAAGCUAGAGUUGCCCCAAUGGAAGAAAUAGAAGAGAUACAGAUAGAUGACAAUGAUCCCACCAAAAAGACGCAGAUUAAGACGAGACUAAAACCAGGAGAAAGAGAAGAGCUCAUUAGCUUCCUGAAAGCAAAUAAGGAUGUGUUUACUUGGACCUCAGCCGACAUGCUCGGCGUCCCGACCUUAGUUGCGAUGCACAAAUUAAGCACCAACCCUCUAAAGAAACCGGUUGCAUUCGUGAGGAGAGUAGAUUACUAUGAAUGGGUUGCUAAUCUUGUUAUGGUAAAAAAGUCGAAUGGCAAGUGGCGCAUGCGCAUCGAUUACACCAAUCUUAAUGACGCUUGCCCCAAGGAUUGUCAUCCCAUGCCUAACAUAGACAAGCUAGUAGAGGCCGCCUCAGGAAAUGAGAAGUUAAGUCUCUUGGAUGCUUAUUCGGGGUAUCAUCAAGUUCGUAUAGCACCCAAAGAUGAAGUGAAAACCUCAUUUUAUGCUGGAGAUGAAAUUUAUUGUUAUGUGAUGAUACCGUUUGGGCUCAAAAAUGCAGGAGCAACAUAUCAAAAAAUGGUAACAAUUGUGUUCCGGGCUCAGAUAGGCAGAAAGCUAGAGGUUUAUGUAGACGACAUUGUAGUUAAAAGCUGUCGAGCAGAAGACCACUUGAUCGAUUUGGUUGAGACAUUUAACAAUCUUAGGAGAUACAACAUGAAGUUGAAUCCAACAAAGUGCACUUUCGAUGUGGAAUCAGGCAACUUUUUGAGUUUUAUGGUUUCCAAAAGGGGAAUAGAGGUCAAUCCUAAAAAGAUAAAAGCAAUAGAGCAGAUGAAACCACCAAGGUCAACCAAGGAUGUGCAUCGUCUAGCUGGGAGGGUCAAAGCCUACCUCAGCUCACUGCCUCUAUUGACUAAGGCUAAAGGAGGUGAAAUUUUUUAUCUUUACCUUAGGAUAUCUAAUACUAUUGUCAGUUCUAUCUUGGUCAGGGAAAUGGGAAAACAACAGCAACCAGUAUACUUGAUUGAUUUGGCUAAGACAUUCAACAAUCUUAGAAGAUACAGUAUGAAGUUGGAUCCAACAAAGUGCACUUUAGAUGUUGAAUCAGGCAAGUUUCUGAGUUUUAUGGUUUCCAAAAGGGGACUAGAGGUCAAUCCUGAGAAGAUAAAAGCAAUAAAGGAGAUGAAACCGCCGAGGUCAACCAAGGACGUGCAGCGUCUAGCUAGGAGGGUAGCAGCUCUACACAGAUUCAUCUCUAAAUCAACGAACAAAUGCUUGCCUUUCUUUAAGGUCUUGAGAAUCACAGCUCAAAAAGAUGAAACAGGAAAAACCCAGAAGAAAAUGAGAAAACAACAGCAACCAGUAUACUAUGCUAGCAAGGUGCUACAAGGAGCCGAACAGAGGUACUCAAUAGCAGAGAGAGCAGCUCUAGCAGUUGUGGUUACCGCAAAGAAGUUGAGGUCACACUUUCAAUCCCACCCUCUUAUCGUAAUGACAAACCAACCUUUGAGACAGAUCUUGCAAAAACCAAAAUGCUCCGAGAGACUCAUCAAAUGGGCAGUCGAACUAGGAGAGUUUCAGAUAACGUUCCAACAGUGGUUAGCAAUCCGAGCUCAAGCUUUGGCAGACUUCAUAGUACAUGAAGGGGUAUGCGGAAGCCACGUGGGAGCUCAGACUUUGGCCCAUAAGGUACUUCAGCAGGGGUACUAUUGGCCCAACAUGCAAGAGGAUGCUAAACGAUUUGUACAAAAGUGUCAGUUCUUUGCUCAUCUCACCCAUCAGCCAGUUGAAGAACUCACCAACAUGGUCACACCUUGGCCUUUUGCCCAAUGGGGAAUAGACCUUUUAAGUCUUUUCAUCAAAGCAGUAGGGGGAGCAACGCACUUGGUUGUUUCCGUCGAUUACUUCACUAAGUGGGUGGAAGCCUGGCCUCUUUCUUGUUUGACUUCAAGAAGAAUCAAGGACUUUCUUUUCAGGUCGGUCAUUUGCAGAUACGGGAUACCGAACCAGGCCAUUGCUAAUAAUGGUCCCCAAUUCAAUUGUAACUCCUUUAAAGACUUCUGCUCCAAUUAUGGGAUUAAACUAGUGUUCACUUCUGUUUACCAUCCUGAGGCUAAUGGAAUAGCUGAAUCAGCUAAUGUAGCCAUCUUGUAGGGAAUCAAUCAGAGAUUAGAUAAACUAAAAGCAAAAUGGGCAAAUGAACUCAACAACGUCCU